AUGAAUCCUGGAAAUUUUGAGGAGGAGGAGUCUUCCAAUUCAUCUGAUCAAGUGAGUGACUAUCUAGCCGAGUACACAUUGGAAGGAAAAUGGGAUAAGGUUGUGGACAUGUACAAACAAUCCCCAGCGUGUCACACGGCAAUGAUUAACGAUGCCGUGGGCACUGCACUGCACGUGGCCGUGGAUUUGGACGAAGAAGGUGUGGUUCAAGAACUUCUGGAUGCGAUUAUCAGUCACAGCGAUGAAGUGAAGAUCAAGGCUCUGGAAAUGGGGAACGAUCGAGGGGACACACCUCUGCAUGUUGCGGCUUCGAGGGGUUUCGCAAAGAUAUGUAGAUGGAUCAUAGGAAUGGAGAAGGAGAGGAUGUAUUUGGUGAGUAAAAAGAACAAACAUGGAGAGACACCUCUGUUUGAAGCUGCUAUCAACUGGAAGAAACAGGCCUUUGCUUAUCUUUCUGACGUCUUGGGCCACAGCGCCCCCUUGCAAGAUCUUGUGCGACACAAUGGUGACACUAUUCUUCACUGUGCUAUCAGUAGAGAAUAUUUUGAUCUGGCUGUGAUAAUAGUGCAUUAUUAUGAUUUCCUUAGCACACAUAAGAAUAAAGAGGGAUUGACUCCUCUCACAGUCCUUGCCACUAGGCCCUCGGCCUUCAGAAGUGCUACCAAACUUUCAUGGUGGAAGCGAAUCCUCUACCACUGUAUACUUGUAGAACCACUACUGGACCCUGAAAGACAAAUGAAGGCGAAUCUCGAAAAGAUGAAGGAGAAUCCCAACUCUGAUAAAGUGGAUUAUCCAAAGAACUACGCCACAUUAUAUGAUUUCUUUGCUGGGUCGUUAAGUGUAUUUGGAAAAAUUCCCACGAAAAAUAAUCAGCAUGACUCAGAAAACCCAUCCUUAAAGUGUACAAUUGGAUUUGGAACUCCCAAGGUUGGAUUUUUACCACCAAAUUAUGAAACCGCUCAACAAUUUAUUAGGUCCUCAUAUGUACAUUCUCUUGGCCUCUCAGGAGUGGCAUUGAAGGAAAUAAAGAAGACAAAGAAGAGGCAUCAAUGGAGUGGUCAACUCUUGAAGGCACUACUGGAAAGACCUUAUGCAGCAUUCACAGGAAGUGGAGGUGUCCCAACCGAUAUCAAAGUCGAAGCAGAUAUGUACAAUGUUUAUAACCAAUAUAAACAAGGUGAAACCAGUGAAUUGGGAUGGUUGGAAAAGAAAACAGAGGUUGAUGACAAAAGCCCUGAAAGUCGAAGUGAGACGACGAAGAAGGAAACGGGUGAACAAGCUAAAGAAGGAAAGAUUGACAAAAAAGAGACAGCAUUUCUGGUUGCAGCGAGAAAUGGCAUAGUUGAAAUGGUGAAUGAAAUUUUAUGCCGAAUUCCAAGUGUCAUCCAUAACACUAACGCAAAGAAAGAAAAUGUGCUGCUUGUGGCUGUGUUGAAUAGGCAACCCCUUGUUGUUGAGAGUUUAAAAAUGAAGAUGCAGUCAAAACCAGAAGUUUGGAAUAACUUAAUUCUGACAGCAGAUGAAGAUGAGAACACAAUGUUGCACUUGGCAGCAUAUGCUCCUGGAGGCGAUAAACCUUGGCAGAUAGCUGGUUCUGCCUUACAAAUGGUGUGGGAUAUAAAGUGGUUUCAGUAUAUUAAAAGCCUGGUGCCACAACACUUUUACUUCAGAAGCGACAAGAAGGGCAAAACCGCAGGGGAAAUCUUCGAGGAUACACAUAAAAAACUGAUAAAGGAGAGUGGGGAGUGGCUGAAGGAUACAUCUGAAUCGUGUUCUGUUGUGGCUGCACUUGUCGCUGGUGUUUCCUUCACAGCAGCCAGCAGCAUCCCUGGUGGCACCAACGAUGAAGGUAAGCCUAACUUAGAAGGCAAGCCUGCAUUCGAUGCAUUUGCCAUUGCUUCGCUUAUUGGACUUUGCUUUUCCGUCACUGGUCUCAUAAUGUUCCUUACCAUCCUCACUUCUCGAAAGCAAGCCAAAGAUUUUCGCAGAGAUUUGCCACUCAAACUUCUUCUUGGCUUGAGUUCUCUUUUCGUAUCCAUUGCUGCAAUGUUUAUUUCUUUCUGCACCGGCCAUUUUUUUCUUCUUAGUCACAGAUACAAGACGGUCCUAUACCCCAUUUAUGCAGCCACUGUUUUUCCUGUAACUUUCUAUGCUGUGGCACAGUUUCCUCUAUACUUUGAUCUUCUAACGGCCAUUUUAACUACGGUUCCACGACCAAGUGAUAAAGGAGACAAGUUAUAG